CUUAAAUUCUUUAAGUAAGACGUACUUUAUGAUAAAUGUGUGUUGCGUCUUUGACAUAUAUCAGAUUGGAUUGGAUUUUACCAGACAGAGACCAAAACAAGGUCAGCAGUUCGUACGAUCAUGUCUUCCUCGCUUCCUCCACUCCUCUCCUUCUUAUUCUUCUUCACCGCCUUCUUUCUCUCUGCCGCCGUCGCCGAUCACCACGACAAAACCAGAUCUCGCUUCAAACCACCUCUCUUCUCCUCCUCUUAUCCAUCCCAAAACGCCACGUCACCCACUCGCUACUUCGAAGUCAAAAAGCCACCCGUCCCCUCUUCUCCCUCAUCUCAACCGCCAUGCUCGCACCAAUUCCUCCACCACGACUUCGCUUACACCUACACGAAACCCCUCCUCGCCAACUACACUCUCCCCUCCCACUGCCCUCCCCCCUCCUCCCGACACUUCUCCAAAAUCAUCCUCGAGUUCAGAUCCACCUCCCGAGGAAGACAGUUCGACCGCAUCUUCGGCCUCUGGCUCGACGGAGUCGAGCUUCUCCGCAGCUGCACAGCCGAGCCUACUCAAAACGGCAUCGUCUGGUCCGUCGAGAAAGACGUCACAAAAUACCACUCUCUCCUCGUCGACGACAACAAGACUCGCACCCUCGCCCUCUACCUCGGCAACAUCGUCGACAAAACCUACACCGGCGUCUACCACGUCGAUCUCAUCUUCCAUUACCACUAUCCUCCACUCGAUUCCAGCCAUCACAACAACAACAACUCUCCUUCUCGAGCUGAUACCAUCAUCCCUAUCUCGAGAAACCUUCCUUUAAACGACGGGCUAUGGUUCGAGAUCUCGAGUUUGAGUGAUUCCAAGCGCAAAGAGUUCAAGAUCCCGAGGAAUGUGUACAGAGCCGUUCUCGAAGUUUACGUUUCUUUCCACGAGAACGACGAGUUUUGGUACGGGAAUCUCCCUAACGACUUUAUCACAGCCAACAAUCUCAGUGUUUCUGGUGGUAAUGGACCUUUUAGAGAAGUUGUGGUUACUCUCGACGGUAGAGUAGCCGGUGCGGUUUGGCCUUUCCCUGUCGUUUUCACCGGUGGGAUCAAUCCUCUGCUGUGGAGACCGGUCACGGCUAUCGGUUCUUUCGAUCUGCCGAGUUAUGAUAUCGAGCUGACGCCUUUCUUGGGGAGUUUGUUGGACGGGGAAGGUCAUGAGUUUGGGUUUAGCGUGACUAACGCGUUGAACGUUUGGUUUGUGGAUGCGAAUUUGCAUCUUUGGUUGGAUCGUGAGAAGGAGGUGGUCGAAGGGGAGGUGUUGGAGGUUAGUAGAAGCUGUCUUGAGAUUAGCUCUGUGUCAGAGUUCGAGGGAUUGAAUGGGAAGUUUAAGACGGAAGCUAAGAGGUCGAUAAGUUUGAGUGGUUUGGUCAAGUCUUCUCGUGGAGAUAUCGUGACCACUUCUCAUCAGGAGUUUAGGUAUGUGAACGAGAUGGUUUUGGGUAAAGAUGGGAGCUUGCAGAUCAUUGAUCAGCUGAUCGAAGCUGAAGAUCGUGUUCAUGCCAAGAGAGGGUCGAGGGCGAUCUACGCGGCGAAAUCCAUCAAGAGGUUUCCGUUUUACCUCUACUCUGACUCCUUGGAGCAAGAAGACAGCACGUCUCUGGAGGUUGCGAAUGUGACGAUGGGGUUCAACGAGGAGAGAUCAGAGAGUGAUUAUGGGAUGGUGAGAACGUUUAAGAGCAAGCUGGAGAAUAAGCAAGAAGGGCAAGGGGUUAUGGUGGUGAAGAAUAAUUUGGUGGUGAAUGGAUAUGGGGGAACGCAACAAGUGUAUAACUAUGUUGGAAGUGACCAGUGUUACUCGAGGAACAUUAGUAGCUUCAACUACGACAUUCUGUAUGAUGAGGUUGAAACCGUUUGCAAGAAGACAGCACUGAAGAUGCCGGAGGAUCUAACUAGACUAGAGACGUUGACCGCGCUCUUGCUGUGAAUGACAGUGGAGAAAGAAACGUCGUUAAAUAUAGUAGAAAAGAAGUUUUUUUGUGUGUUUGUUUCUGUUAUUUUCAGACCUUGUACUGUGUCAGAUUUUGCUGUGUAAAACCGUCUUCCCUCAUCAUGUUCUGUCUGACUUAUAUGCAAAUAGAUCCGGUCCGGUUUAUCAGGGGUUAAUGAUUGAUAAACCGGUUAAUUUGAAUUA